AUGGAGCUCUCCGCCGCUCUGCAGCCAAGCCAGCUUCUCCUACUAUCGGCACAUGAUGUGUACGCCCAAUUCAACGACAUACUGGGCCCUCCCAGCAACCCUCUACACAAUUUGGCUGCCCUCGCCCUACGAUAUAACCCGCAACUGCUACGUGCCGCGCUUCAGAACCAGGCAUCGGCUUGUAUCCGCGACACCGCUAUCAAAGCUGUCAGUCGGUUGUUCCACGGUCCGCAAUGGAAGAGCGCUGGUUGGGACGCUCUGGGCGGUGUGGAUGGUUUGUUGUCUAUCUUCGAAGCGGCGCCGGUGUCUGAAGUGAGGGCCUUGGCGAAAGCUAUCUCGCGAUGUCGGUUUUCCCAAGAUGACGGCACGCGCACCGACUGCGUAGAGGCGCUAUUGCAGCGAUUGAGUCAGGGAUCCGCCCGGCCGCUGUUCGUGGCCUGGUCUCCGCUAUAUGUGCUGUGUUCCGGCCCCUUCGUCAAGGAUGUUGUAAGCAACUUGCCGGAUACGCCAGCCGUGCGGCCGCUGCUGAAACGCCUGGCGCCUCUGCAUGCCGCCGUGCUGCGACAGAUGGCGAUCGGGAGGAUUCCAGCGCCGUGGCAUGUUCGACUAUCAAUUUUGGAAGUGUGUCAGACUGCCCUCAUCCGCUCCCCCAUCCCGUACACCUCUGUUCGGGACAGUGUACCAGCGGGCCUGGUGCCAGGGAUGGCGUUCGUGCUGGAUCUGUGCCAUGUUUAUGCUGAGGAUCCCUCUCUGCGUCGGGAUUUCCAAGACCUAGACUAUUACAUCCGUAAAGCGUUCUGUGUCGCCGCACGGCGCCAUGUUCCCUUUUAUCGGAUUGUCCCAUUUUUCACAUCGAUAGUCAAGUACCCGUCAUGUAUCUUCCUGAAAAGCUCGCUGGACAGUGCAGUAGCUCGAGAGCUACGUCGUUGCUGGUCGCUGGUAACCGCAGGAAAAUCUAGCCCAGAUAUCACCUUCUUCAUGAAGGGCAUCGCUCACCCGGACCAUCCUUCGCACCCGCGUCCCGAGCAUCGAUUGGACCUGGAGAAGGCCCUGACGGACUUUCUCCGGCGGCACCCAGACCGUCGGCUACCGAGAAAACAGCGGCACGACACUUUCAGCACAAUGCGGGAUGUGCUACUGGACGUCAGUCGGCCUGCGCGUCGGCGUUUCCUCGAAUACCUCGUUGGUCUGUCCGACGGUCUCUGCUAUGACCCAAUCUAUGAGAAAACGCCCUUCACCUUUGACUUCCGGGCCAAUCCCCCCCAACCGCGAGAGCGACAAAUGGUCCCCGUGUGGCACUAUGACGUCCUUCGCAUACUCCCAGCGGCAGAUGCCCAAGUAAUUUUCGAGCGGAUGCUGGCCAUCCACGGGUGUAAGGGCUUCGUGCCGACGGCGAACGGCCUGGAUCAUUCGCAGCAGUGCCGGUUGAAGGCGCAAUGGGAAGCGGAGGGAGUGGGGAGUUUGGUAUUGGGCAGAGAAUUAUUCCUAAACCUGAAGAAACACGCAGAGCGCCAACGCAACGUCACGGAUCGGUCUGAAGCCUCUCGCGCUGCCGUCCAGGUUGCCUUCGAUACAUAUGAUCUCGACCUCUGCCGUGAGGCGGUGUUGUGGACCCGGCGAUUUAUUCGUGAUCCGGUCGUGUUCCCCGACAUCAUGUCGAUGACCAUUCUCGAAAACAACUUCGCCUACCUGAGCUGCGCCGACAUGCCGUCCUCGCGUCUGCCAAACGACAUCGCUGCCCUACGCGCCACCGUCUCGUCCGCCCACAAGGUCCUGUCCGUACUCCUGGAGACGAUUCUCCUGGCGCUGUGUGAGCCCGUAGAUCACAGCAGCUUCACCAGCCACAUCCCAUCGUUUUUGCGGGGCUUGGUUGCCACUCGCCUCCAAGGUAUCAACCGGUACCGACGUGCCGGAAUAGGCAGCGAGGCCGACAUCGUCGACGCUUUGCUCAUGCCCCUUGUUCCCGUCCUGAUUGCCUGGGAGCGUACUUCCGGUGACAGCCAGGGAUCGUCGACCGACGAUGAAGACAAGGCCUCGGCCGACAAAGAAGACAAAGCUUCGACCAACCAAGGUUUGAUCUACAGCGAAAAAGGGAGCUGGACCGACGACGACGGCUUUCUGCACCAUCUGGAACUACCGCCGCAGUGUCCACCCGCCGUGUUGCGCUUUUUCGACGAGUACGCCCGUCACCGGAACGACCUACACCGAGCGCAACGAAUUGAGACUUUCCCCGAUGUGGCAGACCUGGAUGAGGGAUGGCCACAAGGCCUGCAGUUCCAGUGUCUACUGCCUGGUCGACCAUGGUUUGCCUUUGCCCUGAAACAUCCGGACAUGGCACCGUACAUGGCUGGUCGCAUAAACACGGUUCUGGAGGCCUCUCCGAGUGUAGUAUUCGUUCCCCAGCCCCAGCAUGACGAGAUCGUCGACGACGACCACGUCGAUAGUAUCCCUGUGGCCGUGCGCGCCCUGAUCGACAUGCACCACAGCAAGCGGGCUAAGACAGAGGCCAUCCGAGCCCUCUGGGACACGUAUCAGUCCCGCAAAGAUGAAUAUGGGAAGUAUUUCCCCGUGUUGCGCGACUACCUCGUCGACCUGCUCGAAGACGAGUUCCUCUUUGAAACAGUGAACCUUGUCCGCCCUCCUCGCCUUGCCCAGGCAACCUCCUAUCUCCCGAGCACGAACCCCACUGCCCUUACAGCUUGGGAUCCUACAUCCUCCGUCCUUGAGGAAGCCCAACCCGCUGCAGACGAGCUCUCCAAUCUCAAAGAGCGGCGCCUUGCUACUAACCUCCUCUACUACCAACUCCAAGGAGAGUUGGAUUCCGAUGAUUAUAUCUCCUACUAUGACACCCCCUUAUGGCACCUGAGCAACAGGCACUGGGCGUGGCCCAAACUCCGCUUCGAGCGGGCAGUGGCAGGAUCCUUUAUCGUGCGCAAGAUGACCCUCUCUGCACGAGAAGCUACCAUGCUCUCUGCUCUGCUGUACUUGGAGGUAGUGAUGCACAACCUGCAUGCCAAUAAAACCCCAACAGAUGCCCAGAGCAGGCAGAGCAGCCCUCUCACGGUGCCGUUUCCGGACGCCGACACUGUGCGGUAUCCAGCGAUGUACCUCAAGGAGGAUUUCUUGGAGGUUGCGUGGGAUGAUAUUGGGAAGGCUAUGACGCGGUGUAUUGACGUGUUGCAGGCAUCCAUGUACGCCGUUCCUAGCAAGCUUGUGUCCGCCCUGAUGGACAAGGUGCUAGACGCGCUAGAGACGCUACAGCGGCCGCACGGGAUCUUCAAGGUCGUGCUGAAGAUGACGUUCGCGCUGAAGAUGACGUUUGUGCUGUCCGACUGUCCGGAGCUGGCUGUAGCGCCUGUCCUGCGCGUCAUUGAGUCGUUCCCCAAUGAGUCAGCCUACCACCGGCGCAUGAAGCUGCUGUCGUUGUGUCGACGGCUGCGUCCGGAGAGCGUGGCUGCCUUCCUGGGCCGAUUCUCGGCCUUCGUUUGCAAAAGACUGGUCGAACAACAGCGGAGAGACCCUGCGAAGCCGGAGUCGCCACGGCUCACGCCUAAGACCAACGCCCCAGACUACGUAAAGAUCACGACAGUGAAGAUGCUGGCGCAGCUCCUCGCCCAGGCGGACUUCCUCCCGCUCGACUCGAGUUUGCGAAUCCUGGGAGACGUGUUCCAUUCCACACACCAUACCGACAUCCGCACCCAGAUCGUGAAGGCCGCCCUGGAUCUCUUUGAUCGCGUGCGCGGUUCUCCGGUCGGACUCGACCGUCUGUUUACCUUCAUCAAAGACAUCGCUUAUGAGAUGGCGCAGGAGCCCAGUGAGAUGGAUACUGCAGAAGAUGCAUCCAGUUGGGCGGCGGCUCUCCCCAACGUAUCUUCCGUCAAGGAGCGUCCGGGAUUACAGGUCCUCAUUGAGGCACAGGCCAAGCUUCCGCCGACUCUUCAUGCUAAAUAUGUCCAACAUGUCCUGUUCCCCUUCGUCGCAGCCUCGGAGAACGCACACAACGUCUGGAUGGACGCGUUCCUUGCGCCGCUGGGUCUCUCUCGUGCCGAGCUCGGAAUUCCCUCGUUUGGGCCCUUCGACCCCUACCUCAUUGACUCCAUUUUAUCCAAAUGGUCCAUCUAUCUCCCCGCGCGGUACCUCUCUGCCGAGCACAACGAGUGGGCGCUCACUCACGCCCUCCAUUGGCAAGCGUACGCGACUAUUGGCGACACUCUGGUGACAUCAAACCCAGAGUACCGACAGACAAACGCCGGGCAGCACUGGGAAGAGUUUGUCUCACGACUCCACGAGACAGACCCCAUAAGCACCUUGUUCCCACUCCUGCGCGACGACGCACUCCUCACCCCCCUCGUUCCUGACGGAAUCACACGGAAGACCUUGGUCUCUGAAUUCGCGCGUAGGACGCGCCAGCUCGCGCGGUAUCCCGCGCAGUACUUUCCCAAAGAUGGGAAAAUGCGUGUAACAUUAGACCCACUCAUCUCUUCCCUGAAGCAGCUUCGCGCUUUCCGGAUUACCAAGGAGAAUAUCGGUACGGAAUCGCGUAAAACGCGGUACACUGUCACAGACGAGGCUCUCCGGUCAGGCGUAGACUAUGUUAAUUCCCUCCGCGCGAUGGCAGACCACAAGCCUCCGGUAUUGCCAACGCCAUUCGAGCUGGAGGUUCUGGUUCUACCGUCCCCGGUCUAUAUCCCUAAUGCGGAGCGUGAGGACCGAUUAACGCAGUUUGUGGAAACUGUGGUGGGGGUGAUUUCGAGCCGGGUGGGCAGUCUGGCAUUAGUAUUGGAAUUUGCGGCGCUGGAACGCGUGGUUGAUGAGGUCAUCGAGGAGGAUAUUGUCCGUGUCGUGGAGUUGUUGAAUGCUUUGCGGGGGCAGCAACGACUUGGUGCUCUGGAGAGGGGUUUGAUCGUCAAGCUUGCGCAACGGUUGUUGAAUCGGUUGAGUGACGAGGAGGUUCGACUAUGUCAGGAGCUGCGUCCGCUGGUGGAUGGUUGGAGAAAGGAUGAGGAUGAGUCUGUGGGCCGGAUAGGCUGGGGAGUGUGUGUUGACUAAGGUCUCAUUUCCAUGAACUUUGUCGUGGCUGAUCCAUUCCUAUCAUACCUCCGAAAAGUUCC